GGCCGCGUGGCGCAGGCGCGCACUGUGACGGCGGCAUGGAGGGGGCGCGGACGGCGGGAAUGGCGCGCGCCGUGCUGGAGCGGGCGCGGCGGCGGCGGCGGGAAGAGGAGGCGCGGGAGCAGCGGGCGCGGGAGCCCCCGGCGCGCCUCAGCGCGGCCUUCGCGUCCCUGGGCGCGCUCCUGCAGCGCGCGGCGGCCGAGUGCGAGGAGUACUACAGGUGUGUGCCGGCCUGGAGCUGCAACGAGCACGAAGUCAAACACAUCUGCAGAUACCACAGCAGACAAGCAGGGGAAGAAGAGUUCAAGCCCUCUAAAGAAGAGAAAAAUGCGUCCACAGCAGAAUCCAGCCAAGCUACAACUCGCCCUCAGCGUACCAGGAAAGCUUCCAGAGACAUCUACAUUGAAGUUUCUCCUGGCACCUAUUCUAUCACAGCAACCUCCGAGGACAUGGUGAAACAAACCCACGUGGUGGACGUCAGUGCAGGGACAAAGUAUUGAUUUAACUUUUGUUCUAUGACGUUCGCUGGCGAUCAUGGGAAUAAAAUACUAGGGUUUUUUUAAAGCAUGUAAUGAACUAUGCAUUACUUGUUCAUGUUAGCACUUUAAUAGUAUCCUCUUCUUGAGGACUAUAUUUUUAUGGCCUGUAUAUCUGUUUUCUACUUGAUGCGGCUAUAUACAGCAUACUUUGUACACUGAUUUUAUAAAUAUUUGUGCAUUGUUUGCCUUAAUUCCAAUUAUGUGACUGUGUAAUUCCAGGCUCCUCCAUUUUAAACAAUUAAAGAUACAAUCAGUGGAAUAAAUACAUA